AUGUCAAGUGAUUUAGACAUAGAAAUUUAAUCGAAUUUUGUUUCAUUAUAUGAAAAUUAUGAAAAGCUAAGUAUAUUGGAUAUAAAAACCAAAGCAGAUGUUGAAAAAGCAACAAAUACACCUAAAAUUUAAAUAAUUUAAUAAGAUCCUUUUCUAGAUUAAGAGAUUGGUUCAGCUUUGAGAUUAAAAUAACGUGACAUUAAAACAGUUUAAAAAGAAUCAAAAUUUUGUCGAUAAAGAGUAACAUCUAUAAAUAAAAAUACAAGUUAAUUGAAUAUAUCAAAGGAAUCAAUUGAGAGAAAAGGAAUUUUAAAGAAACGAGACUCAUAACAAAGUUCCAGUUCUGAUGAAAAAAUAACUCCAAAACAUGUGAAAUUUAAUUCUGAAUCUUGUUAAUUUGUACAUAUGGCAUUAAAAUGA